UUCCCGAUAGCCCAGGGUUUCAGUCACUCAUGAUGCGAUCGAGCCUCUGUCAGUUCUGCUCCACCAUCGAUUUUGACUAUAUCCAAGUCCCCACAGCCGGCCAGUUGCGCCUCCUCUCCUCGGGUCACAAUGUCACUGGCUCGAAGCCCUUCUGCCACGAGCCUGACAAGGAGCCGUAUCCUAGUUGGACACUUGGCUCCCUGGCACGAGUACGGGCAUCCGCCAGCGAGUGUCCGCUCUGCAUAGCGGUAGCCGACUUGGCAGAGAAGAUUAGCGGCUUAUCUGACAAUGUCUUGACCUCAGAAACCGUUUGCAAGGUCAUCUGCAAGUGGAGUGGCGGGUUUCAAGCCCUAGCCGGUGCAGAGCUGUCCCAGGAGUUGAUCCACCAGAUGGCAAGCGAGAGAGCGGAGGACGUUUCUUUUAGCCUUAGCAACUUGUCUAUCCACUUUACGACGCAGCCAUCGAACGAUUUCAAAUUGAACCUGAAGUCAACUAAGACUGUAGCUUGGUGGAUCCAGGCCUAUGAUCCAGGACACGCGAGAAAAACUGCGGUACCAUUCGACGACAGCCACGUCGCGGAUGAUUCCCUUCUAUUUUGCGGGCGUCCGACAUCGCCUAUGGUGCCGAUAGAUUUGCUUCGAGCGUGGAUGAGAGAGUGUAAGAUUAAUCAUGGGUCUCGUUGUGCGGCAAAAGUCAAGUCCAGAAAAGUCAACGUCUUCCGGCUGAUUGAUGUAAAGACUAAGGCGGUCGUGCGAUUCGCUAAUAUCGAUGUUGCAGAGCUUCGAUACGUGGCGUUGAGCUACGUUUGGGGCAUGGGACAAAGGCUAUCCAUCCGCCGCGAGAACAUGAUGAUGCUCGGCGCCCCGGGCUCCUUAGCCGGCAAAGUCUCUAAGACUACCGAAGACUCUCUCUCCUUGACAGAGUCCCUUGGCGUCCAGUACCUUUGGGUGGACGCUCUUUGCAUCCUCCAGGAUGACACGCCCGAUAAGAUUAGCCAUUUAGCGUUCAUGAGCUACAUCUAUAAAUGCGCUGAGCUUACUAUACUCGCUGCCUGUGGGCGGGAUGCUGAGGCGGGCCUACCUGGCAUUCGAGAGCCUCGUGUCAUCCAACAGCAUAUCAUCAAAGUCCGGGAGGGUACAGCAGAUCAGCCGCUUGGAAUGCAAAUCAUCACGUCACCAACUGUCCGGCUAAAUGGUGCCGAGUCUUGCCUCGAAGGUACUGUAUGGUCAACACGUGGAUGGACCCUACAAGAAAAGGUUGUCUCGCGCCGUGUCUUGAUCGUCACCCCAUCUCAGGUUUCGUGGAACUGCCGGACAACCAGCUGGGCGGAGGACAUCUUCCUAGAGACCAGUCUCGCGCGGCCCACAAACCGUAUCUGGGAUGACACCACGCGCUUCCUGAGCGACGCAGAGCGUGAGAAUGCUUGGAACGACAACGUCAAUGUCGCCUGGGAUACGCUCCGCAUGCUAGUGAACAAUUUCUCGCACCGACACCUGACCGAGCCUGGGGAUGCGUACGACGCGUUUUGUGCCAUUACCCAGGAAUUUCGCUCUUUGACAAAGGUAAGCUCCCUCUGGGCCCUGCCGGUGACCCGGUUCGAGCUUGCGCUGUGCUGGACAAGGUCUAGGACAGCGGUCACUCAGGGGAAGCUGGUGCGACGGACGGCGCUGACCAGCCUGCCCAUGUCGACGCUGAAAUGUUGUGUCGCGUUUCCAACAUGGUCGUGGCUAGGAUGGAUUGGUGGUGCGUCGCUACCUAUUUCAGACCAGUACGUCGACACGGGAAUGAGUCCGGAGAUCCUCUGCUUUAUUCUCCGAAACUCCCCUUUACGCGUGGUGAAAGUCCUACAAGUCAUGAGCGACGAGGCUGAAAUCCCGACGCCGAAACUUCCUCCCGGCAUCUCCUAUAGUCCGCUCGCGGUCACCCUUCAGACUGUCCUAGCCGAGCAUCCGCACCUCACGCGCGAGCGUCUCCAGCAGACACCGGACAACCAAUUCCUUUGUUUUUGGACGGAAACUGCCCCUUUCUCUACUUGCGGUCCAAUCGAGGAGGUGAAUGACACCUGGCCGGAGUCGAAGUUCUUCCGCUACGAGAUCCGAGAUUCGGAGGGCCAAACUGUUGGCCAGACAGACCUCUGCGUGCCCGACAACCCCGAGGAUAUGACUUGUGUCCUAGGUGAAGGUGUUUUCGAUUUUGUACUCCUUGCUCGGAAUGCAACGCAGGUUCAUGCUGCAGAGAAAUUAGUGCUAAUGGUGGAGCGACGAGAUGGGAUAGCCUAUCGGGUCACCACUGCGAAUAUUUUAGAAGAAGCGUGGAUUGCUGCUAAUAGCAAGAGGGAGCUGGUGAUCCUAGGAUAGGUGGAAGGAGCUACCGAUACUCUAAUUGCAAAUUAUGCAAACCCUAAGGUUUGCUACGAACAACUUAGUACAUAGCGAUAUUUCGAUUCUAAACGGGAAACCUAUAGUGUGGUUGGAAAGGUAGCUUUUGUGUUAAGCAUGGCAAUACAGUUUUUUAUAUAUAUCUUACGUCU